CACGGAGGACAGAGGGCCCACAUAUUGUUUCUCAACACAUUAAAAGACGUCUCUGGGCCAGGGUGGCUCAUACCUGUAAUCCUAACACUGGGAGGCCAAGGCAGGAGGCUUGCUUGAGGCCAGGACUAGCCUAGACAACAUACAAUCUACAAAAAAUUAAAAUUAGCUGGGCAUGGUGGUGCAUGCCUGUAGUCCCAACUACUCAUGAGGAUGAGGCUGCAAAGGGCCACAGUCUUGCCACUGUAUUCCAGCCUUGGUGAAAGAGACCCUGUCUCAAAAAGGGGGGAGGGGGGAGGAAGGUGUUUUGGAUUCAAAACUGGUAUACAACUAGUUAAUAAAAGACAAUUUAUUUCUUCGCUGCACUAGAAUGUGUUGUUUACUAACUCUUCUCUUGUCUCUGCCUGAAGCCACUUCUCCUUCUACUGUUUCUUUGUUCCCAGCAGUUACUGGCCCAGAGUGGGACCCACAGCAGGUAGCCUGGACAGUGACUGAACUGUUCUAAAAAAAUCCAAGUACAAAUUGUCUGUCAAACGACACUCCUUCUUCCUGGGAAUAUGUGCUACGUGUAAAUCAAAAUCCAGGAAUAUCUAACACCUAUGAGGACUGUAGAAUCCAUGGAAAAAAAUGAUACACACAUUUCUAAAUGUGCUCCAGGUCAAAAUCUCAAUGUCAAAUGGUGAAGCUGAGUUACAAACCAUCCUUACACAAUUUCAAAAAUUUCCUGAUUAUGGUUGCUUCAUAAGAGGUUCCUCUCUUCAGCGCUUCCCUUCUGAAAAAAAGAAAGCCAACUUUUCUUUUGAAUACACACCCCAACCCGCCCCAGCACACACAGAAAUGGGGACUGUGAGCAGAAGCAACCUCGCUCGCCAUCUGCAAACCAAUCUCAUUCUAUUUUAUGUCGGUGCUGUGGGUGCCUGUACUGUCUCCGUCACACAACCACGGUACCUAGAAGUGGACUACACUCACGAGGCUGUCACCAUAAAGUGUACCUUCUCCACAACCGGAUGCCCUUCCGAGCGACCGACACACCUGUGGUUUCGCUAUGGUGCUCACCAGCCUGAGAACCUGUGCCUGGAUGGGUGCAAAAGCGAGGCAGACAAGUUCACAGUGAGAGAAGCACCCACAGAAAACCAAGUUUCCCUCACUGUAAACAGAGUGACUUCAAAUGACAGUGCAAUUUACAUCUGUGGAAUAGCAUUCCCCAGUGCGCUGGAAGCAAGAGCUAAGCAGACCGGAGGAGGGACCACACUGGUGGUAAGAGAAAUUAAGCUUAUCAGCAAGGAACUGUGGAGUGUCCUGACAGCUGUUAUAUCACUGCUCUCUGUCUAUGUGACUGGUGUAUGCGUGGCCUUCAUACUCCUCUCCAAAUCAAAAUCCAAUCCUCUAAGAAACAAAGAAACAAAAGAAGACUUACAAAAGAAGAAGAGUGCUCGGCGUAUUUUUCAGGAAAUUGCUCAAGAACUAUACCAAAAGAGACAUGUGGAAACAAACCAGCAACUUGAGAAAGAUAACAACACUUAGGAAAACAGAAGAACACUUUCCAACUACGAAAGAGCAUAGAAAUCUUUUAGUUUUCAAUUAACUCACUGAAAAUCCAACUGCAGGAGCUAUGGCAGUGUUAAUGAACAUACAUCAUCAGAUCUUAAAAAAAAUAAAGGUAAACAGAAAAGACAACUGGCUACGAACGAUGCCGGAAUGUAAGGAAACUACAGCUAACAGUCAUUAACAAAAUACUAAAACCCAACAAAAUGCAACUGAAAAAUGCCUUCCAAAUUUGCCAAGAAAAAAAUUCUAUUUUAAACACGUAUCCUGAGUUUGUUUGAUUCAACGUGAGAUAUGUGAUGACUGCCAUCCUGAAGAUCUGAAGCUAAACCAUAUGCCUCAGUCGAGUGGAAGAAUCAUCUUUAUGGUUUGUGGAAAUCAUGGGACAAUUAAAUUAAGUUGAGAGGGAGCAAAGUGACAAAAUUUGAGUUAGAGACUUUCAUUUUGAAAAGCACCUUAGUGAAAGUUAUUUCCUCUGAUGCUGUCAUGGGGCAAUGGGGUAGCAUGCCUGCCAGGGUAUGCAAAGUAACUUACAUCAUGCUACUAACAAAAUGAGAACAGAAUAGUGACUAGAAUAAGAACAUAAAAGCCUUGUUCAGGACCACAUUUUACAAAAUGCCUUGUUUCCUUUAUUGUUUCUGGAAAUGAAAGUUCUAUUAAUAUUGUUUUACUUUGAACAUAGAAUAGUUUUUUUAAUUAGGGCUUAUUUUGAAAAAUUCUGAGUUUAAUUCAAAUGUAUGCCAAUACCUUCCAAAGUAAGGUAAUAUUCAAAGACAGUUGUUCUGAUCAGAUGGCUUAGAGAAAUUUCUGGAAUAUUCACAUUCAAAGAUCCUUAUUAAUGAAUGUCUUUGACUUAAAUCUAACCAAAAACUGCAACAUUAUUCUUUGUACAUUUUCAUUAUAUAGUGUUAACAAGCUUAGUUGCAAACAAAUAAAAUACUUAAGCUAUUU